AUGGACGUAAGACUCGUCGCCAUUAUUUUGUGCCACAUCGCUCUGUUGAGCGGUCAGUCCACUGGUGGCAGGAAACGACCGCCAACCACGACCGCGGCGGCGCCCCGUCAUCGGCCUACCGCCGUUGAGGACGAAGAGGCGGCCGAUCAGCAGGAGAGCGAGUGCCCGGAGCCGAACGGUUUCUUCGCCGAUGCCAGCCAAUGCGACAAGUACUACGCGUGCUCGGACAACAAGAUCACCGAGAAACUGUGCCCGGACGGCAUGGUGUUCAACGAUUACAGUUCGCAACAAGAGAAGUGCGACCUGCCGCUGAACAUCGACUGUUCGCAAAGGCCCGCCUUGCAGACUCCUCAACCGGCCGAAAAUUGUCCCAGACAAAAUGGUUAUUUCGCGCACGAGAAUCAAAAAAUUUGCGACAAGUUUUAUUACUGCGUGGACGGUAAAUUUAACGCGAUCACGUGUCCGGGCGGCUUAGUGUACAACGAGAAAUCUGGCAUAUGCACGUGGCCAGACGAGGCCAAGAAAAAAGGAUGCUCGUCGCAAGAUGUGUUCAAUUUCCGAUGCCCCAACGUGACUUCGGAGAUUGCGCUGCAACAUCCCAGAUACGCAAACCCCGAGGACUGUCAAUUUUUUUAUGUCUGCGUUAACGGCGACACGCCAAGGAGAAACGGCUGCAAAAUGGGACAGGUGUUCAACGAAGCGUCGGGAAAAUGUGAUUGGCCGAGAAAUGUUCCCGAGUGUGCCGACUGGUAUAGAGGCGUACUGACAGACGAAGAACUUUACAAUCUCGAGAAUCCAAAACCCAAAGAGACAACCAAGGAGAAAGAGGCAGCGGCGGCCAGACGGAAGCCGUCAAGACCAUCGACUACGAAACGAACCGUGGCAGAAGACGACGAAUGA